AAAAGAAAGAAGAAAGAAAGACGUGAAAUAUCCUCCAGUUUGUCUCACUGUGUCUGCGGGGACAGAGACAGGAGGAGGAGGAGGAGAAGAAGAAAAAGAAGAAGAAGAAGAAGAUAAACUCAAAGAAUCUUCAGUGACUUCAAACCUUCAGUCUGCAGACACACAGACAGACAGACAGACAAACAGCUUGUUUAAAUGUAGUUGGUCUCACAGUGAGACACUCAGCAUCUGUCUGUCUGUCUCUGUUUUUUACCUGUCUGUCUCUCAGCCUGUCUCUCAGCCUGUCUGUCUCCUGCAGGACGGAGGAUGGCACCGGGGUGUGUCGCCGUCCUCAGCCGGACCCGCGGCUCCUCCGGCGGGCAGACAGAGCUCUGACAGCCCGCUGCAAAGCCGGACCCGGACCAAUAAACCCGGAUUAAAAAGUGGAUUCAGACCGAAACCGGAACAUCUGAGUUCGGGAUGCCCUCAGAACUGGCUGUAGGUGUGGUCUUCAGGGUUGUACUGCCCUUAAGUUUGACUGCAGCCUGUGUGUUGCGGUAUAAUGGAUUCUCUUUGGUCUACGUCCUCCUUCUGUUGCUGCUGCCGCUGCUGUCUGACCCUUCCUCCUCCUCCACCUCCUCAGGUAACGCGUGUCGCUGUGUGACGGCUGUGUGUGUCUCCAGUUUCCUCUUCCUGUUACUGCAGUCCUUCUUCCAGCUUACCACCGCUACACUGCAGCCAGAGUCCAACUGUACGUCGUGGCAGAAGGCUCUCGGGCAGCUCGGUUUGGUGAGUCUGACAGGAAGUGAUGCUGGCUCUGCAGUGAGACAGGUGUUUCCAGAUGUUGGCGUGCUGUUCGUUGGUCUGCUGACCUGGAGGCUGAUAGUGAGACUCAACGCCAACAGACACACACAGCCUCAAGACGACACACAGCAGCAGGAGGAGGAGCAGCAGGGGGAGGAGCUCAUGUUUGAGGAUGACUCUGUGCUCGGAGACGAGGAGGAAGAUGAAGGCAGCAGAAACAGGAUUCUUGUUGAACUGGAGUUACUGGUUUGUAAAACCAGACAAAUGGUGGGAGACAUGACAACGACUGGAGGGAAAGUCCUGCUGACAGUCCUACUGGGACUCACAGGCAUCAUGUUCCCCUCCCUCUCCUCGCUCCCCUACCUCCUCUGUUUCCAGGUGUUGUGUACCUGGUGGGCAUGGUCAGGUCAAGUCCCACCCCUUCUCUUCAGGUGCGUGUCUGUGAUGUCACUGCUGUACCCCCCCUUCCACUUCCUGCUCCUCUACUGCUACCAGCUGCCCUCGCUGCAGGAGGCGUGGCCUCCCAACCGCUCCUCUGCCAGUGUUUGUGGCCUGGUGUCAGUAGUCUCGGUGGACUGCGCCGCCCCCUGGAGGCUGCAGGUGAAUGCUGAGCUCAGCUGGUUUCACUUCAGCAGUCCUCUGAUGCUGCUGCUGCUCUACAACACUGUGGCUAGUCUGUGGAGGAACCAGUUGAUUAACGGUGAUGGGGGGCGGGGCGUACAGAACGUGGAGUCAGCUAUCAGUGGGAGCUGUGACAUCACCACCGCCACCAGCAACCUGAGCGAUGAUGUCAGCGGUGACAUGACAGCGGAGAGACGGAGAGAGCUGUGGAGGAGAGCUCACGACCGUCCUGAGUGCAGAGACGUGGUGGUGUCAUCUGCCAACGACAGUCCCUCUGACUCUUUUGCCCCGCCCACCCAGAGUACAGCCCUUGGAUUGGAUGUUUACUCCAUGCCUCACUACUCUCUCAGCCAAUCAGACACACUGGAGACAUGUGUGUUUGAAGGAGACGGCUGGGAGGAGGAGGAUGAAGAAGAGGUGAGGAGGAGGAACGAGGAGGGAGUCAGCGCCGCCUCCAUGGCGUUUAGUUUCCUUCUCAAACAGAGUUACAUCUGUGCCCUAAUCGCCAUGAUGGCCUGGCCCAUCACAUAUGUGUCCUGGCUGACAUGUGUCCUGCUGCUCUGGUCAUGUGUGCUCUGGAUGAUGCGAGAGCGUCGCCGGUACACGCUGAUGUCAUCACCCUGGCUAGUCGCCUAUGGUAACCUGCUGGUCAUCUUGCAGUACGUGUACAGCUUCCCCUCCAUCCAGGAAGUCCCCGGACUGUUCCCGAAAAAAGACGAACCCUGCACAGAGCUUGUGUCAAAGGUAUGACUGCUACUGCUGCUACUACUGCUACUUACUCAGGCACUGACUGAGAAGAGAGACAGACAGGCAGUCACACAGCUCUCUACCAUCACCGUCAACAUGGGAGAGGAGCAGAGUGUGGACGAGGCUCUGCAGGAGAAGAAGAAGGAGGUCUCGUACGAGGAGGUGCUGCUCCUCCAGAGAGGUGGUGGAGUUCAGAUGGAGGCUCUGGUUGCCGUGGUUACCAGGAUGUUCGUUAAAUACUGGAUCUACGUCUGCGGAACGAUGUUCUUCUUCGUUAGCUUCGAAGGAAAAAUCGUCCUCUACAAAGUCAUUUACAUGGUCAUGUUCCUGUGCUGUGUCGCCCUCUACCAGUUGAACUACGAACGUUGGCGUUCCUUGCUCAGGGGAUUCUGGGUAGCUGUGGUGGUUUACUCCAUGCUGGUUCUCAUCCUGAUCUACACUUUUCAGUUUCCCUCGUCCCCCCACACCUGGAGCUAUUACACUGGACUAAGUACUCACAGAUUGGAGGAUGUUGGUUUGGAGAAGUUCUCAGUUCCCGUCCUCUUCACCAGGAUCUUCAUCCCUGCUGCGUUCCUCCUGGUGUGUAUUGUACACCUGCACUACUUCCACCAGCCCUUCCUGCAGCUGACCGACCUGAAGACAGUGGUGGACACACACAACAGCACCAUCACCAGGCUGGUCCACUCUGACGGCAGCCUGUUUGACCUGUCGUUGGGCGGAGCUCCUCAGCUCCUCCUGGAGGCGGAAAAGAGAGGAGGACAGAGGGACAGAGAGGAGGACACAGAGGAGAGGUGGAUGAAAAAGGAGGAGGAGGAGGAGGACGAGGAGGAAGAGUACCCCUGUAUGUUUGAGAGGGAAACCCUGUCUGACCACCUGAAAGUCCUCGUCUCCUGGAGACUGGUGGUGGAUCGUCUCUCUGUCCUGUUCCUGCGUCUCCUCCUCAAUGUGCAGCGCCUGCAGCACCUCCUCUGGUGGCUCUUGGAACUGCACAUCAUCAAGAUCGUGUCCUCCUACAUCAUCUGGGUCUCGGUGAAGGAGGUGUGUGUCUUUAACCUGCUGUUCGUGCUGUGUGUGGCCGUGGCUCUGCCCUGCAGGGCGUGGCGCCCCCUGCUGUCAGGAGUCUGUACAGUUUGGACCUGUGUGGUGACCGUCUGUAAAAUGUUGUACCAACUCAACGUCGUCCAGCCAAUGAGAUACUCGUCCAACUGUACCACGCCAGGUAACUCCAGUAUCGACUUGUCUCGCUCUGUUCUGUACUCUGGUCCAGUUGACCCUGCCCAGUGGGUGGGGCUUCGAAAGACAGAAGGAAAACUGCUCGACUACCUGCGGUAUAACCUGAUGAUGUUAGCACUGCUAGCCUUCGAGGUGACAGUGUACAGACACCAGGAACUCUACCGUCUCCGUCGCAACGAAGUCCCGCCCCCCACAAGAACACUGUUUCAUGACAUCACCAGGCGUCACCUUGACGACAGCGUGCUCAGCUGCAUUAAGUACUUCCUCAACUACUUCUUCUACAAGUUCGGACUGGAGACGUGUUUUCUGUUGGCCGUGAACGUGAUUGGUCAGCGGAUGGAUCUGUUUGCUGUAGGCCACGCCUUUGGCCUCAUCAGCGUCCUUUCACGUCGCAGCAGGAGGCACAUCGCCUCAGUGUGGCCCAAGUAUUGCUACUUCCUGUCGGGGCUGAUGUGUUUCCAGUACCUGCUCUGUAUCGGACUCCCUCCUGCUACCUGCACAGAUUAUCCCUGGAGACCUCCGUCCUCUAACGUGGACUCCAACGUGGUGAAGUGGCUCUUCCUCCCUGAUCACCUGACACCACCAAACCCACUCUUCCUCCUCUAUGACUUCAUGCUCCUCCUUGGGGCGUCUCUGCAGCUGCAGGUGUUUGAGGAGGAGCUUCAUUCGUCGGUACAGAUCCUCGCAGGAGACAACUGUGAGCUGGACGAGGAUGAAGGACAAGUCGCUGAUCCAAUCAGACAGCUUCGUCUCAACACAGGCCCUGACUUCAUGUUGUGCAGGUCUUACCUGGACAUGAUGAAGAUCAUCAUCUUCAGCUACAUGUUCUGGUUCGUCCUCACCAUCAUCUUCAUAACCGGGACAACCAGGAUCAGUAUCUUCUGUAUGGGUUACCUCGUGGCAUGUUUCUACUUCCUGUUGGUGGGCGGAGACUUGCUGCUGAAACCAGUCAAAUCCAUCCUGGUGUACUGGGACUGUUUGAUUGGCUAUAACGUGUUUGUCAUCACCAUGAAGAACAUUCUGUCGAUCCUGGCCUGUGGUUUCAUUAAGUCAUUGGUGUUGAAUCACUGCUGGCUGAUUCAGCUCUUCAGUCUGGCAUGCACCAUCAAAGGAUACACCAAACCGGAGCAACAGAGCAGUAAACAGUGCGAGCUGCCGAGCGACGAGGCGGGCAUCAUCUGGGAUGGGGUCUGUUUCUGUUUCCUGUUGCUGCAGAGGAGGGUCUUCAGGAGUCACUACUUCCUGUAUGUGGUCCUGGACCUGCAAAAUACACAACUGCUGGCCUCCAGGGGGGCGGAGCUCUUCGAGGCGUCCACAGUGAAAGCUGUCAGAGCGAGGCUGGAGGUGGAGAAGACGUCCAUGGACCUGCUGAAGAGACAGAUGGAGCGAAUUAAAUCCAGACAGCAGAAGUUCCGGCGAGGAAAAGAGAAGAUGUUGAGUUUGACCCAGGACAGCUUCCAUACUGAUGGUCAGGAAAACAAGAAGGGGCAGCGGCAGAAGAAGUGGUGGAGACCCUGGGUAAACCAUGCCUCCAUGGUGAGGAGCGGCGACUACUACCUGUUUGAGACGGAUAGUGAAGAGGAGGAGGAGGAGGAAAAGAAGGAGGAAGAGGAGAAGAAGGAGGAGGAGCAGCUACCUGAGAAAUCAGCCUUCCAGUUUGUCUAUCAUGCCUGGAUAACUGACUCAAGAACAGCAAUGAGAGCUCGCAACAACCAGAGGAAACUGUGGAAGAAGAACUCUUCUGAGCAAAGGAGCAGAAAGGAAGACAAGAGAGGAGUUGAAGCUAUAGAAGUGACGGAGGAGGCAGAGGAGAAUGGAGAUGAAGAGGAGGACAAAGAGGAGGGACCAGACACGGUGUUGCAUCGGUUCUCUAACACGCUGCAGUUCUGCUGGGUUCUGCUGUCGGCUCUGCUGGACUCUCUGACCACCUGGCUCAAUGGUCUGUGUCAGGAACACAUCGACAUCUCCACUGUCCUCCGCAUCGAGCGCUGCAUGCUAACGCAGCAGGCAAAGCAGGGUAAUGUUCCCUCCAGAGAGGCAAUCCACGUCUACUACCAAGAACAGAUGAUUAAAACCUCCAGAGAGUCUGGCCUAGACUCCAGCACCCAUGAGGCCGAGGGGCACACCUCAGCAGAGAGUGGAAGGGAGGAAGAAGAAGAAGAAGAAAAAGAAGAAGUGAGUCCUGAUACCAGAGAAGAAGAAACAGGAUGUCAAAAAGCAGGUGAGAAGCCAGAGACUAAACCAGGAGGAGAUGGUCCUGAUGAACCAGGACCAGGACAAGAACCAGGACCAGGGCCAGGUCCAGGACCGGGAGGAGAUUAUCCACAUGAACCAGAAACAGAAAGAGAUAGAACACUAACAGAACAAAGUUCAUCUUCACUCUCUGGUCUGUGGUAUCAAUUCCUUCUCUCUGUCGUCAACAGUGCUGAGGAAUCAAACCAGCAACUUCCUGUUGACACACAACCGACUCACACCAGCGGCUCCUCCCCCACGUCUCCCACCUCCCCCUCCUCACUCCUCCUCCCCCCCUCCUACAGCCUCGCUCUGGGCUUGGACCUGCAGGAGGAGCAGGCGGGGGAGGGGUCCAGGAGGCAGCAGCUGGUUCAGACUCCAGGGGGGAGGAAUGACUUCCUGUGCGACUCGGCCUCCACUUCCUGUCCGCUGGCGUCCUGCACUCAGGAGCUGACAGCCAGCGAGCUGCUGAGGAACAGGACUUUCUAUGACGAGGAGCUGGAGGCAUCGGACCGUUUCUAUAUCAACCAGCACCAGCUGCUCCAGCUGUGCUACGCACUCUACAACAUCCUGGCAGCCAGGUCGGAGACGGUUUGUUACCUGGUCAUCGUGUUGAACCACAUGGUGUCCGCCAGCUGUCUGACGUUGGUACUUCCUGUUUUGGUGUUUCUGUGGGCGACCCUGUCCGUCCCUCGGCCCAGUAAGACCUUCUGGAUGACAGCCAUCAUCUACACUGAGGUGACCAUCGUCAUCAAGUAUUUCUUCCAGUUUGGGUUCUUCCCAUUCAACCAGAAGCUCGAGGUGGACCGCAGCAAACCGUUCCACCCCCCGAACAUCCUGGGGGUCGAGAAGAAGGAAGGCUACGUCCUGUAUGACCUGCUGCAGCUUCUGGCUUUGUUCUACCACCGAGCCAUACUCAAGUGCCAUGGGCUGUGGGACCAGACUGUUACGACAGAUGCAGAUACUCUCCAUCACCAGGACACCCAGGGCGACUCUGGUCAAAGUGCAACCUCUGCCGAUCCAGCUGACGCUGCCAGCACGCUGCGGCGUCGAGGCAGGAGACAGACGCGCUCCAGCUCCACCCAGCUGCGCUCUCCUGCAGGCAGUGUGAGUUCCAGAGCUCAGCCGCCGGGCAGGUUCGAUCUGCUGCUGGAGAAACUCCGAGAACUUUCCAUCAGAGCCAAGAAGUACUCUGUUAGCAGGUGUCUGUCCCUCUACCGUCCGGUCCUUCAGUUCUUCAGAGCUCUGGUCCAACCAGAAUACAGCGCUGUCACUGAUGUUUAUGUCCUCAUGUUCCUCGCUGACACCGUGGACUUCAUCAUCAUUGUCUUUGGCUUCUGGGCCUUUGGAAAACACUCUGCGGCUGCUGACAUCACUUCCUCCCUGUCAGAAGACCAAGUUCCUGAAGCUUUCCUGGUGAUGGUUCUGAUCCAGUUUGGCACCAUGGUGAUAGACAGAGCUCUGUAUCUGAGGAAGACUGUUUUGGGGAAGUUAGUCUUUCAGGUGAUUUUAGUCUUUGGGAUUCACUUCUGGAUGUUCUUCAUCCUGCCCACAGUCACUGAGAGGCGGUUCAAUCAGAACCUGGUGGCUCAGCUCUGGUAUUUUGUGAAGUGUGUUUACUUCGGUCUGUCGGCCUAUCAGAUUCGUUCUGGUUACCCGACACGAGUCUUGGGAAACUUCCUGACGAAGAGCUACAACUACCUCAACCUCUUCCUGUUCCAGGGUUUCCGACUCGUCCCCUUCCUGACGGAGCUGAGAGCAGUGAUGGACUGGGUGUGGACAGAUACCACUCUGUCUCUGUCAUCCUGGAUCUGUGUGGAGGACGUCUACGCCCACUGCUUCGUCUUAAAGUGCUGGAGAGAGUCUGAGAAGAGGUACCCGCAGCCUCGCGGUCAGAAGAAGAAGCGUGUGGUGAAGUACGGGAUGGGCGGUCUCAUUGUUCUGCUGCUGAUCUGUAUUGUCUGGUUUCCGCUGCUCUUCAUGUCACUCAUUAAAUCUGUUGCCGGAGUCGUCAACCGACCACUCGACGUCUCUCUGACCAUCACGCUGGGAGGCUUCCAGCCAAUCUUCACGAUGAGUGCGCAGCAGAAUCAGCUCAAAGAUGUGACUGAGGAAGACUUUAGCUCCUUCAUCAGCUCCUACAGCUACACACCUAGUGCACUGCAGUUCCUGGAGGCGUAUGGUCAUGAGGACGUGACGGUGGCGGAGCUGCAGGGCAGCAGUAACUCUCUGUGGACCAUCAGUCCUCCCAGCAGGCAGUACCUGAGCCAGGUGCUGAACCUGGACCACUUCCCCCUGACUGUGUCCUGGACUGUUCAGAGGAACUUGAGUCUAGGGGCGAAGGCGGAGCUUGCUUCAGGUAAACAUGUGACCUACCUGGACGAUGAGACCCGUCUGGAGCUGAUCCAGCUGCUGAAUGGAACCAGGACACUUCCUGUGGUGAUACAGGAAGUGUUUCCAUGUUUCAUUCGGGCGCCGAGCGACUCCAACGCCAAACCCAUUGAACAGCUCUACACAGAUGGUCAGUACAAAGACAUCCUGCUGGCCCUGGAGCGGUCAACCAAUGAGAGCAGAGAGAUCCAGGACUGGUGGAUCGUCGACCAACCGGCUGCCAGUCUGGUACCUAUUGGGGGCGGAGCUUCUCUGACUGACAGAAGGGAGGCGGGGCUUCAACUGUUUGUGUUCAGUGAUAAAGUCAGUCCUCCGAGUCUUGGCUUCCUGGCUGGAUACGGCAUCAUGGGAUUGUACGCGUCAGUGGUUCUGGUCAUUGGGAAGUUUGUGCGUGAGUUCUUCAGUGGGAUCAGUCACUCCAUCAUGUUCGAGGAGCUGCCAUGUGUCGACCGAAUCCUCAAACUGUGCACCGACAUCUUCCUGGUGAGAGAGACAGGUGAGCUGGAGCUGGAGGAGGAGCUUUACGCCAAACUCAUCUUCCUGUAUCGAUCUCCAGAGACUCUGAUCAAAUGGACACGCCGCUGACCCCACCCAUCAUCUUUAUGACCCGUGAUGAUGUCAGAGUCUGUGAUAUCAUCACUGAGCAUCGUGUUCUCCAGAUGUUCAACAGAGAAUCUCCAGAGAACAUUCUCCAGAUGUUAAAAUGUCAGUGACGACAGGAGUGUUUACUGAACCUUAUGUUAAGAAAGAGAAAAUGUUACCUGUUUGCAGGUGCAGCGGGGAGGCAGAGCUAACCUUCUGAUGACCGGAGGACAGAGUAUUACAUGAUUAUUGAUCACUGAUGAUCAGUGACUGCAUGGAAACGUCUCAUGCUGGAAAACCUGGAAUUCUUCAUGGCACCUUCGAUGGAAAACAAACAACAGGCAGUGGGAUUUUUAAACUUAAGUGAAGCCCCGCCCACUAUCAAAAUUCAGACCAUGUGAUUGGACGGUGUUGGUGAGACGUUCAGUGACAGGUGUUUGAACACGGGGACGCAGUCAUCACUGAUUUUUAUUUAUUUUACUUUAAUGUUUACAGGAAGAGUCUUAGUAUUUCUGUUACGUAAUGAUAGCUGUAAUUAGCACCAUGCUAGUUCUACAUCAGCCAUAAUCAUACCUUUGUAGCUUUACCUUAGCUCUAUGUUAGCACAACAUUAGCUUUUUGUUAGCUGUAUUUAAUUCUGUUAGUUCAACAUUAGCUUUAUGUUAGUCAUAAUAAGCCGUGUCAGCUUUACGUUAGCUUUAAUUUGCUCUACGUUAUCUUUAUGUUAGCUUUAAUGAGCUCUAAGUUAGCUUUAUGUUAAUUUUAAUUGGCUAUAUUUUAGAUUUAUGUUAGCUUUAAUGAGCUCUAAGUUAGCUUUAUGUUAGCUUUAAUUGGCUAUAUUUUAGAUUUAUGUUAGCUUUAUUGAGCUCUAAGUUAUCUUUAUGUUAGCUUUAAUUAGCUAAACGUUGUUAUUUUUCUUGUGGUUGACAGAGGUGGGUGGAUCGUUACCUACAAUACUGGAACAUAUUGAUACACACUGAUGCUAGAAUACUACGUUCCAAAUGCCAAGUGUUGAGUAUCAAUAACAGCUCCAAACAGAUACCAUUGUUUUCAUUAGCACUAGGUCUGUGUAAGGUCUACUUAGCACUACAUUAGCUUUAUGUGACUUCCAUGGUAGCAGUACUGUAUAAAAGUACUGUAUAUUAGCUCUAUAAUGGCUCUGUGUCAGCUUUCACUAGCCCUAAAUUAGCUCCAUGCUACAUCAGCUAAAUAUCAGCUCUUCAUUGCCUUUAGUAAGAUCUAUUAGCCCUAUAUUAGCUUUAUGUUAGUUGUGUGUUAGCUCUAUAUUGGCUCUGUGUCAGCUUCAAUUAGUACUAAAUUAGCUACGUCAGCUAAACAUCAGCUCUUCGUUAGCUUCAUGGAAGGUCAGUUGUGUGUUAGCCCUACAUCACUCGUAGAUCAGCACUACGUCAGCUCUAUGCUGCUUCUGUAUCAACUUUUACUAGCACUAGAAUAGCUCCAUGCUAGGUCAAUAUCAGCUUUACGCUAGCAUUUUAAGGCCUGCUUAGCCCUCUGUUAGCUUUUUAUUAGGUCUUGGUAUGUGAGCUGUAUUUUAGUGAUGGGUUUCCUUCAUGUUAGCUCAAUGUUAGCGCUGUGUUAGCAUCAUGUGAGCUGCAUGUUAGCUCUUAUUUGAUUCUGGCUCAUUCAACCUGUGUGCGAGGUCAAAGGUCAUCAGAGCUAAGCUAACCAAAGCUGUGAGAUGUUCCGCCCUCAAGCUAACAGUAGAGUGAGUGAGCUGUCAAUCAAGGCCAGUGAAGGCACGACAACCAAUCAGUGAAGAGAAGUGACAGCAGCUGUUCAUCCAGUCACAGCGUGACUCUGGGCUCAUUGAAUCCAUGCCCCCCCCUCCUGACAGGAAGCAGGAAGUCAGUGGAAGUAACUGUCAGAUGGUGAUGUAAUCAGUGUUGUGUGACUGAUAAUAACCUUGGUGUUUCCUGUGAACGUUUGAAACGUGAAAAUAAAAAA